AUGGAAAUAUUAAUUUUUAUCAAGAAACAGCGGUAUGAGGACCCGGAGUGGAAUAUGAUUGAGCUAAAAGAAGCUUUUAGGAAAUAUUUAAAGAAACUUCACAAGGACGAUUGCGGUCAAUGUGGAAUAAGCUGCGACUCAAAGAAGAAUUAUCACGGCGGUAACACUGUUAGAAAUCGGCUAAAUCAGGGUACAAAUGAGCUAGAGGAUUCGACAAAUGAUAGUAAUCUUGCGCAUUACUUGCCACAUUAA